AUGGACCGUGUGACCAGAUACCCCAUCUUGAGCAUCCCCCACUCGCCCCGCGUGACCGGCCCCGCCUUCGACGGUGACAACAGCUAUACCUUUGAGCUGGUGACCGUGGGGCCCCCGGCCAGCGGCUGGGACCGGGACGAGCUGCAGGGGUGGCCCGCUGACCACAAGGCGCGGGUGAACGUGGUGCGGACGGCGGUGUCCUCCAACACGAAGGCUGUCCCGGGUCAGCCGUCCCUGCGGUCCCUCUACGUGGAGGAUGAUGAGGAUGAGGAGGUGAAGGCCUACCGCCUGGGUGCCACGGACGCCCCGCCCAGGCGGCCACGGGACCUGGAGCAGGAGCGCUGGGUGGUCAUCCAGGGCCAGGCGGUGAAGAAGAGUGGCACGGUGGCCACGUUCCACGGCACCCCUGACCACGGGGGGCGGGGGAGCCCCGGCCGCCCUCAGCCCGUGCCCUGGGAGGAAGAUGCGGUCGACAGGGAGCAGAUCGACUUCCUGGCAGCCAGGAGGCAGUUCUUGAACCUGGAGCAGGCAAACGCAGAGGCCCCUCGGAGACCCCCGGCCAGGGCGGCCCCCACGCGUCCCCCACCCGGGGUCGGCCAGGCCCCCCAGGUCUUGAACAGGCCCCCCCUGGCCAAUGGGUAUGUAGUCGCAGUCAAGCCACAGGUGAAGGAGGUGAUCCUGGAAGAGAAGAGCGUCCGCGGUCUGCCCGCCGGGUUUGGGGUCCAAGCUGUGGACGAGCCUGAUUCCUGGUCCCAAGUGGAGGCCCCGGAGGCUCCCAAGGAGACGCCCAUCGAGCGGGAGAUCCGGCUGGCCCAGGAGCGCGAGGCGGCCCUGCGGGAGCAGCGGGGGCUGCGGGGGGCGGCCGGCCACCAGGAGCUGGUGGAGGUCCUCACCCGGCCGCUGCUCACCAAGGUGAGCCUGGCCGAGGCGCCGCGGCGGGAGAGGGGGCGCCCGUCGCUCUACGUGCAGCGCGACCUGGUGCAGGAGACGCAGCGUGAGCAGGAGCACCGGCGGGAGGGCCUGCAGGUGGGCCGGGCGGCCACCCCCGACUGGGCCUCUGAGGGCGUGCCGGCGGCCGGGCUCCGGAGAGCACUCAGCUCGGACUCCAUCCUCGGCCCGGCCCCAGACGCCAGGGCGGCCGACCCUGCCCCCGAGGUGAGGAAGGUGAACCGCAUCCCGCCUGAUGCUUACCAGCCGUACCUGGGCUCCGGGACCCCCCGGCCGGAGUUCCCAGCCUUCCACGCAUACGGCAGGCCCAGCGGUCCCUCUGCAGAUGAGGCAAAGGCUGUGGGCUCCCCGAAGGUGGUAGGGUAUCAGAGGCAUCUGCUGGAAUCCUCUGGAAAACCCUCAGGCACACAGCAGGAACACUCGAAGCCCCCGCAGGGAUGCCUGCAAGCCAACGGGGGCGUCGUGCGAGUGGAGAACUUCCACCUCCGUCCCCUGCGCUUCGGGGUCCCGGAUGCCCCCCAGAAGGCCGAGGUUUCCCGGGUCUGGGGCUGGGAGGUGUCUGGGGCCCCCCCCUUGAGGCUCCAAAAGUCCCAGUCGUCUGAGAUGCUGGAGAAGGAGAUGGAGAGCGUGCUGAGGCGGGAGCGGGAGGUGGCCGAGGAGCGGAGGAGCGCUCUCUUCCCAGAGGUCUUCUCCCCGACGUCGCCAGACCAGGACCGUGACCACGGCUCCAGGGGCUCCUCCCAGGCAUCCGGCAUCACGGGCAGCUACUCGGUGUCUGAGGUGCACGUCUCCCCCACCCACCUGAACUCGGGCCUGGUGUGGACGGUGGAGGCCCCGGCCGGGGCCGCCCCCGUGCAGAGGAAGAGAAAGGAGCAGUGGUAUGCAGGCAUCAACCCCGCCGAUGAAGUCAACUCAGAGAUCCUGGAAGCCACGAGGGUGACCCGCCACAAGAGCGCCAGGGCGGAGCGCUGGGAGGCCGGCAUCUACACCAGUGAGGACGAGGACUGAGCCUGGGGACGGGGCGCCACCCCCGCCCGGCUCUGACUCUGUGGGA